UUAACGGCUAAGUAAAGAGCUGCGGCGUCCCCUGUGUUUGUGGCACUCGCCCGGACUGAUAGACAGGUGCGGCCACUUGAGGUGCUUGAGCCGCUCCACUUGUGUGCCCUUGACCUCCCCAGAAGACGUGCCUAUACACACACACACACACACACACACACACACGAGGCUGAGCCCUCCGAAAGAGGCCAGUGUCCCUACCUACCUACCGGUAUUCCUGCAUGGCACUGCAUGGCCAGCACAGCAAGACGACCCAACAAUCGCCGCAGCCGUCGCUCGCCUCGAUGUCGUAAUGGCUAUGAGUGGAUACACACACAGACGCACACACACACACACACACACACAUGGUACACCAGACAGACAUACAAACCAGAGCGAUGAGCCUGCCUGCCUGGUGUGACUGACUGACCUUCGGAGUUUGCUCCGAUAGUUACGGUAGAGGCCACACAUGAAGAAGCCGACAAUGAGAGGCGCCAGUAGGGACAGACACCUGAGGUGUGCCUCUCUCCUGGAGAAGAAGAUGGUGAAGAUGGUGACGUAGAGCCACAGGGGCAUGAUGCAAAAGUAGAGCACACCCCACCGCACGUCCAUGACGCCCGCGCCCGCCACCGCCCGCGCCUACACACAUAACCCCAUUGAAGGUGCAGUGCACUCAUGGCAUGGCCAUCAUGGAGCUGUCUGUCUGUCUGUCUGUCUGUGGGAUCGUCGUCUGCUCUGUACUCGAUGGACAGACAGACAUACCGACAUACCGACAUACCGACAUACCUUGAGGUAGCCUCUGCAGAAAAAACGACAGACAGACAAACCAGGGCGUGUUUGCUUAGUGUAGUGUAUUUGGUGGAUGCAUCCAUCGCUUCUUACAGAAUGGGUGCGAAGAGCCAUCCGACGGUUCCCAGCAUACAGGUGGGCAAAUGUGAGAAGCAGCUGAACAGACCGACGUUCCACCGACUUAUAGCACACCCAUCCAUCCAUCCAUCCAUCCAUAGAUAGAUAGAUAGAGGCAGCGAAUGUCAGUCGUCACACAACCGUCCUCUUUGGCUGCACACGGUCCGUAUGAGUACCUCUGCCAGUCCGUCUCGCAUUGCUCCGGCCGUCACGGUGUCGGGAGGAAGGGACAAGGCGGAAUGGAAUGCACGCGCCUGUGGCUGCACGGACUUCCGAAGGGGCCGUCGUGGUGUCAGCUUGACGCCCGGCAGGAAGAGCGCGAAUGUAGAGCUUGUUGCCUUUGAAGACCUGGUUGUUGAGCUCGCGGACGGCACGCUGCGCCUCCUCAACACUCUCAUACUCACACACACUGACACACACACAGAGAAAGAGAUAGAGAAAGAAAUACGAAGUUACAGAAACCAAGCAGUGUAAUUGCCCGACCUCCCCGGUCUGGCUGUUAGUCUGUCUGUCUGUCUUUGCUGUGUGGCCUGCUCACGCAGAUGAGAUGAUUUUGAGGAUCUUUAGCCUCACGACUUGGCCUGCGUGGCCCAUGUGUUCAGCGAGCUCCGCCUGCGUGGCCGUCCUGGGCACGUGUUGCAGCCAUAAUCUGCCACCCCCGCCACAUGCCAAGAGGCGUGCCAGGACUGUGGAGAGGGCUGCGCCCAU